AAGCUGCAUAUGAUUUAAAAACAACACAACUUAAAAUUAUAUCUAAAGACAAAUAUGGCGUAACAUUAGCUUUUGAUGGCUGGAAGAAUGUCGCGAAACAAUCAUUACUUGGAAGUAUAUUAAUUACAUCUGAUGGCAAAACAAUCGUAUGGAAAGCAGAUGAUAUAAGCGGAAUACGUUCUUGUUGGCCUGAUAUAAUUGCUAAAACUAAAAAUCUUCUUUUGGAAAUUGAAAAAGAGGGUAUUCAGAUAAAUGCGGUG